UAUAUACCGCUCGGCGUAUAAUAUUGAAAGUUAAAAUAAAUCUCAUUAGAGAUUUUAUUUGUUUACCACAAUGUGUUCGCCGGGAAGCAGCUUGAUGUUAAUUUUAUGCUUGAUUCAUGCGAUUCACGCAUUAGUCACUGUAGCGCUUGUUCUAAGUGUUUAUAUAUCGCACAUAUACAAUUUGUGUUAUUCUCUCUCUUCCUAUAAAAAUGAUAUACGCUGCUACUGUAUAGUGUAUGCAUCAUCUGAAGCGAUUCAGAUUUAUUUGAUCCAAAAAUGUUGGAAAUACUUCAGCAUCACAGACGUAGAAGAUAAAUGGCCUUAUGUUAACUGUGAUUAAUUAUGCGUUGCGUAUUGUAUGCUAUUUUUUAAAAAAUCUUUUUGUACCGCUUUAUAUGAUUGGUUUCGUGUCAAUAAAGACGCUAAUUUAAUUAUUCUCAUUGUAUAUAUAGCGAAAGUUUAAACAAGCGAAUAGCAAUGAAAAACAAUUUUUUAAUGACAGGAGUACUGAACAGCUUUUAAAAAGGAAUUCAAAAUAUAUAACAGAAUUAUUAAUAUCGUAAAGCACACGUGAUAGUCGUUUAAAAAAAAUGGGAGAAAAUAGUCCAUCUUCACGAAAGAAUAAUGAAACGAAGGAAAAGGAGCCAAAAAAAAAGAUAACUAUCGAAGUAGACGAAGAUGAUCCUUGUCUCCAAAAGAAGGAAAAGAAGGAGAAGAAGAAGGAAGAGAUAUGUUCUGAUGAGUUACGUACUCUUGGCAAUGACCCGAGAUUUCAGCAACAAAAUCAGACGCAGAGAUGUUUCGUGAUGUAUACUGACUUUUAUCGCUGUGAGCAUAUUUUAGGUCAAAAUUCCGAAGCAUGUACAUGGUUUAAAGAUGUUUUCACGUCCAUAUGUCCGCAGUUCUGGGUGGAAAAGUGGGAUGAACUUAGACUUACAGGCAGAUUACCUUGGCAUAAAUACAGAACUCAAGGCGAUUUCCCCGGCAACAAAUAUGGCGAAUAAAAAGAGAGAGAAAUCGAUUAUGUGGAAUAAAAUUAAAAUUUUAUAAUAUUUAAAACGAAAUAAUUACGAUUAUAUAAACGAUCGUAUAUAUUUUGCUAAUUAAGAAAGAGAUGUAAAAAUUUAAAUAAAAGAGAAUUAAAUAAAGACUAUACAAUA